UCCUUAUAUAUUCCUUCGUUAGUUCCCAUCAUUUCUCAUUCCAUUAUAUUCUCUUCUGUUCUACAAUAAUGGCAUCAUCACCCGCCUCUCUGUUGUUCAAAGUUCACAGACGUGAACCAGAACUGAUCAAGCCUGCCAAGCCCACCCCACAUGAGUUCAAACUAUUAUCUGACAUCGACGACCAAGAAGGUCUUCGAUUCCACAUUCCAGUCAUGCAAUUUUAUCGCAAUAAUCCCUCUAUGCAAGGGAAAGACCCCGUCAAAAUCAUUAGGGAGGCACUUGCAAAGACAUUAGUGUUUUACUAUCCAUUUGCCGGUAGACUCAGGGAAGGGCCUAACCGCAAGCUCAUGGUGGAAUGCACCGGUGAGGGUAUCUUAUUCAUAGAAGCUGAUGCUGAUGUUACACUUGAGCAAUUUGGUGAUGCGCUUCAACCACCUUUCCCCUGCUUGGAGGAGCUCCUCUUUGAUGUCCCUGGCUCUAGUGGGGUGUUAAACUGCCCUUUGUUGCUUAUUCAGGUGACGCGCCUCAAGUGUGGUGGUUUUCUGUUUGCCCUCCGCCUGAACCAUACCAUGAGUGAUGCCGUAGGCCUGGUCCAAUUCAUGGCAGCAGUGGGUGAGAUGGCACGGGGAGCCAAUGUGCCCUCCGUCCCAGCUGUGUGGGAAAGACAAGUUCUCAAUGCUAGUAACCCUCCACGAGUUACAUGCACACACCGUGAGUACGAGGAGGUAGCUGACACCAAGGGUACCAUUAUUCCACUUGAUGAUAUGGCUCAUCGUUCCUUCUUCUUUGGCCCUUCAGAAAUGUCUGCUCUUCGAAAAUUUGUCCCGCCUCACCUUAGCCAUUGUUCUACUUUCGAAAUUCUAACAGCAUGUCUUUGGAAAUGUCGUACCAUUGCCCUCCAACCAGAUCCUACCGAGGAGAUGCGCAUAAUAUGCAUUGUCAAUGCUCGUGAGAAAUUUAACCCUCCAUUGCCAAGAGGAUACUAUGGUAAUGGCUUUGCUUUUCCUGUAGCAGUGGCAACUGCAGGAGAACUCUCAAGAAAUCCAUUUGGAUACGCCUUAGAAUUGGUGAGAAAGGCUAAGGCUGACGUGACUGAGGAAUACAUGCGAUCAGUAUCAUCUUUGAUGGUGAUUAAGGGGAGGCCUCACUUUACAGUGGUAAGGGCAUACCUAGUAUCGGACCUGAGACGUGCAGGAUUUGAAGAGGUAGAUUUUGGAUGGGGUAAUGCUAUAUAUGGUGGCGCUGCCAAAGGUGGUGUUGGCGCCAUCCCUGGAGUUGCAAGCUUUUAUAUCCCAUUUACAAACAAGAACGGAGAAAAUGGGGUUGUGGUCCCAUUUUGCUUGCCGGCUCCCGCCAUGGAAAGAUUUGUCAAGGAGCUUGACGGCAUGUUGAAGGACCAGCCAGUUAGCGCACAAACUAAGUCCAAACUUAUUGUAUCUUCCCUAUAAGUUGAUUUGCGUACUCGUUCUUUCCAGAAGCUAAGAUGUCAGUCUUCGCUACAUGUGUAAUAAGGUUAAACUGGUGCGAGUGAGAGUGCCGAUGAGAAGGCCAGAAAAAAUAGGGGAGGGGGGUGAACAUGUUUAUGUACGUUUGUUUGAAAUUAUCUUCGAAAGAUUUCUGUCAAUUUAGCAUAUGCUUCGACU